GUCAAUAUGCAGCUAUGUUCAGCGGUGGUAUCAUAGCCACCGGAAAAAUGUAAUGGAAGAAUGAGAUUAUAAUCAAGCACAACAAGGAGAUAGGAAGGAGUCGUUCUAGCAACAACUGUGUCCCUCUCAUAUUUCCACGGAGCUUGAAAACCAGGCCGGUCGCAUUCAAAUACGACCAGAAGUGGACUAGUGGUACGGACCUGUUUCGAGCAGUAGCCAUCUUUUAGAGAAUGGACGGGGCGAUACGGCGGCCGGCCUGCAUCCUGAGCCUGACUAGCGGGCUGGUGGAGGUUGGUGGCCGGGCCUCGAUGCUCCAAACACUGCUCAUUUUCUCCGCUUUCGGGCUUCUCCUUGGACUGCCCGCUAUCACCGAUGCGAAAGAAUGCGACAAACCGUGCAUGAAUGGGCAAUGCAACACGUCUACGGGCAACUGUGUGUGCAGCCCCGGUUGGGUCGGGGACCAAUGCCAACACUGCGGAGGAAGGUUCAGGCUGACGGGUCCCUCAGGGUUCCUGACAGACGGACCAGGGAACUACAAGUACAAGACCAAGUGCACCUGGCUCAUCGAGGGAACGCCCAACAGUAUCCUCAGGCUGAGGUUGGACCACUUUGCUACAGAGUGCAGCUGGGACCACCUGUAUGUGUACGAUGGUGACUCUAUCUACACCCCUCUACUGGCUGCCUUCAGUGGGUUGAUAGUUCCUGAGCGCUAUGGCAACGAGACUGUUCCGGAGGUGGUUUCACAGUCUGGUUACGCCCUCCUCCACUUCUUCAGCGACGCUGCUUAUAACCUGACCGGCUUCAACAUCUCAUAUAGGGUGAACACAUGUCCUAACAACUGUUCUGGUCGAGGGGAGUGUCGCGUGGGGAACUCAACAGGGGCUGUUUAUUGUGACUGUGAAUCCAAGUGGAAGGGCGAGGCCUGUGAUGUCCCUUACUGCCUGUCAGACUGUGGUUGGCCUGCCAGGGGACACUGCCUUCAGGACACAAAGACAUGUCGAUGCCAGCCUGGGUGGCAAGGUCCAGACUGCUCUCUGUCCGUCCCAGCCAACGCCUCGUUCUGGCAACGGGAGGAGUACCCCGAGCCCGGUCUGGCCAGGGCUUCCCACAAGGCCGUAGUGGACCAGGGGAUCAUGUGGGUCGUCGGGGGGUACGUCUUCAACUCCUCAGACUACCAGAUGAUUACAGCGUAUAACCUCAGCUCCCAGCGCUGGCUGUCUCUCAACGUCUCUGUCAACUCAGUCAUGGGACGAUACGGACACUCUCUGGCACUUCAUGAGGGAAAGAUCUACAUGUACGGAGGGAAGAUCGACUCUACCGGCAACGUGACCAGCCAGCUGUGGGUGUUCCACAUCCAGAACCAGACCUGGGUGUUCCUCUCAGCCCGAGCCCAGGAACAGUGGGCCGUGGUGGGACACUCUGCCCACGUAGUGCCCCCCCUGUUGGAGGGGGGUAGUCCAGUCAUGCUGGUCCUCUUCGGACACUGCCCUCUAUAUGGAUACGUCAGCCAGGUGCAGCAGUACGACAUCGAUAAGAACACGUGGAGUGCAGUGGUUACAGAUGGAGCCCUGGUGCAGGGAGGGUACGGCCACAGCAGUGUGUUUGACCCCUCCUCCCGAGCCAUCUACAUCCACGGAGGGUACAAGGCCUUCACCGCUAACAAGUACGGCCUGUCUGGAGACCUGUACAAGUACGACGUGGACCGCAGCCGAUGGACGGUUCUAAAGGACAGCGGGUUCUUCCGGUACCUCCACACGGCGGUCAUCGUUAGCGGGACCAUGCUGGUGUUCGGAGGGAACACACACAACGACACGUCCAUGAGCCACGGCGCCAAGUGCUUCUCCUCGGACUUCAUGGCCUAUGACCUGGCAUGUGAUGAGUGGUCAGUGCUGUCCAGACCAGACCUCCACCAUGAUGUCAACCGGUUCGGACACACGGCCGUCUACAGUGACAGUGUGAUGUAUGUGUUUGGGGGGUUCAACAGUCUGUUGUUGAGUGAUGUCCUGAUCUACACGCCAGCCAGCUGCUCCAGCGCCCCCAACGCUGCCGCCUGUAUAGCGGCCUGGCCGGGGGUUCACUGCGUUUGGAAUGCUAACCUGGGGUCCUGCCUGCCCUGGGACUCGAACCCUGGAUCCCUGGAGGAGCAGACCACCGUGGCGUCCUGUGGUACCAGAACAUAUGUUGACAACGAUCGUUGUGACCAGUACACGGACUGCUACAGCUGUACAUCCAAUACUAACGGCUGCCAGUGGUGUGCUGUUCAGUGUGUCUCCGUGAGCUCCAACUGUACGGCCGUCACGGGGGCCAUAGUGGAGUAUGAUGUCUGUCCCAAAGACAACCCAUCAUAUGUCUGCAACAAGAAGACCAGCUGUAAGAGCUGUGGGGUGGACCAGAACUGCCAGUGGGAACCUCGAAACCAGGAGUGUAUCGCUCUACCAGAGAAUAUUUGUGGCGAGAGUUGGCACCUGGUGGGUAACUCGUGUCUGAAGUUCAUCACAGCAAAGGACUCGUACGACAACGCCAAGCUGACCUGUCGGGGUCACAGCGCCGUCCUGGCCUCGUUGACCAAUCAGAAGAAGGUGGACUUCGUCCUUAAGGAGCUGCAGAUCAUGAACGUUCUGGUGAGCAAGUACAAGGCCUUGGUGACACCGUGGGUGGGGCUGAGGAAGAUCAACGUCUCCUAUUGGUGCUGGGAAGACAUGUCACCCUUCACUAACACCUCCCUCCAGUGGUUGCCGGGGGAACCCAGCGACGCAGGUUUCUGUGGUUACCUAGCAGAACCGGCAUCCAGCGGCCUUAAGGCCCAGACCUGCAUCAACCCUGUUAACGGGAGUUUGUGUGAACGGGCAGCCAAUCACAGUGCCAAGCAGUGUCGGACGGCGUGCGCCAUGCGGGCUACGUGUGCUGAGUGUACCAGCAGCAGCUCUGAGUGUAUGUGGUGCAGCAACAUGAAGCAGUGUGUGGACUCUAAUGCUUACGUAGCCUCCUUCCCCUUCGGACAGUGUAUGGAGUGGUACACUAUGAACAGCUGUCCACCUGAGAACUGUUCUGGGUACAGGACGUGUGACCAGUGUCUGGAGCAGCCUGGCUGUGGCUGGUGUACAGACCCCAGUAAUACUGGGCGUGGCCAGUGUAUUGAGGGAUCCUAUCGUGGGCCGUUCCAGACCGUAGUCCCCGCCCCCUCCACCCUGCCUGGCCCCACCUCUAGUCCCGCCUCCCAGCCGGCUCUCAACAUCAGCAUGUGUCCUUACGACAACAAGUACACCUGGAGCUUUAUACGCUGUCCAGCGUGCCAGUGUAACGGCCACAGUCAGUGUGUGAAUCAGUCAGUGUGUGAGAAGUGUAAGGACCUGACAACAGGACGUCACUGUGAGAGCUGCAUCUCUGGUUACUAUGGAGACCCCACCAACGGGGGCAGCUGCCAACCGUGUAAGUGUAACGGCCAUGCCAGUGUGUGUAACCCUAACAACGGGAAGUGUUUCUGCACCACCAAGGGCAUCAAAGGAGACCGCUGUCACCUGUGCGAAGUGGAGAACCGUUACCAAGGAAACCCUCUGAAAGGAACGUGUUACUACACCCUGCUGAUAGACUACCAGUUCACCUUCAGUCUGUCUCAGGAGGACGACCGCUACUACACCUCCAUCAACUUUGUAGCCACACCCGAGGAGCAGAAUCGUGAUCUGGUUGUUUUCAUUAACGCCUCCAAGAACUUCAACCUCAACAUCACCUGGGCCACCAGCUUCACAGCAGGUACUCAGACAGGCGAGGAGAUCCCAAUAAUAUCCAGGAGCAACAUCAAGGAGUUUAAAGACAGUUUCUCCAACGAGAACUUUGACUUCCGCAACAAUCCAAACAUCACCUUCUUCGUCUAUGUCAGCAACUUCACCUGGCCCAUCAAGAUACAGAUUGCCUUCUCUCAGCACAGUAACUUCAUGGAUCUGGUGCAGUUCUUCGUCACGUUCUUCAGCUGCUUCCUGUCCCUCCUCCUGGUGGCGGCAGUCGUCUGGAAGAUCAAACAGAGCUGCUGGGCGUCACGGCGACGAGAGCAACUCCUCCGUGAGAUGCAGCAGAUGGCUAGCCGGCCGUUCGCCACCAUCAAUGUGGCCUUGGAAAUGGACGAGGAGCCGCCGGACCUAAUUGGUGGAAACGUCAAGACGGUGCCCAAGCCCAUCGCCAUGGAGCCGUGUUUUGGGAACAAGGCUGCUGUCCUCUCCAUCUUCGUCCGUUUACCCAGAGGCACUGGGGGCAUCCCCCCACCCGGUCAGUCUGGGCUAACGGUGGCCUCGGCCCUGGUGGACGUGUCUCAGCAGAUGUGUCUUGGUUACACCAUAUCCUGUUACUUAUACAUCACUUCCUGUUACUAAUACAUCACUUCCUCUCUCUGUGUAGGGCUAACGGUGGCCUCGGCCCUGGUGGACGUGUCUCAGCAGAUGUGUCUUGGUUACAAAGAGAAGUCAGGUGGUCUGAGGAACAGGAAGCAACAGCCCUCUGUACAGCCCUCCACCUGUAUCUGACCACACCCCCUGCCCCUGGACCCCGCCCUGCUCCACCCUAACCCCUCCCCCUGCCCCAGAGACUACACCCCCGGACUGGAGGGAUGGAGAGAGAGAGAGAGAGAGAGAGAGAGAGAGGUAGGGGGUUUCCUGGGGGGGAGCUGCCUACCUGCUGAGAGGAGGAGGGGAGCAGGAGAGGGAUGUCUGAUGGACAGUCACACCCUGCUGUACCUGGGGAACCACACCUGGCUGACAGACAUGUGGAACUUAGGGGAGAGAAAGAAAGACCUGUAUUAGUCCGCUACCACCUGGUCAGAGUAAAGGAGACGCUUGAUCGCUGUCUACUAGACUGUCUGAUUACCUACCAGUCAUUUUACCUGGUAUGCUGUCCGUCUGUCUACUAGACUGUCUGAUCACCUACCAGUCAUUUUACCUGGUAUGCUGUCCGUCUGCUAAAUUAACAGCCAUCCUACUUGGUAUGCUGUCUGUCUGCUAGAGACUGUCUGAUCACCUACCAGUCAUUCUACUUGGUAUGCUGUCUGUCUGCUAGAGACUGAUCAACUACCAGUCAUCCUACUUGGUAUGCUGUCUGUCUGCUAGAGACUGUCUGAUCACCUAACAGUCAUCCUACCUGGUAUGCUGUCUGUCUGCUAGAGACUGUCUGCUCACCUACCAGUCAUCCUACUUGGUAUGCUGUCUGUCUUUUAGAGACUGUCUGUCAACUACCAGUCAUCCUACUUGGUAUGCUGUCUGUCUUUUAGAGACUGAUCAACUACCAGUCAUCCUACUUGGUAUGCUGUCUGUCUGCUAGAGACUGAUCAACUACCAGUCAUCCUACUUGGUAUGCUGUCUGUCUGCUAGAGACUGUCUGAUCACCUACCAGUCAUUCUACUUGGUAUGCUGUCUGUCUGCUAGAGACUGUCUGAUCACCUACCAGUCAUCCUACUUGGUAUGCUGUCUGUCUGCUAGAGACUGAUCAACUACCAGUCAUCCUACUUGGUAUGCUGUCUGUCUGCUAGAGACUGUCUGCUCACCUACCAGUCAUCCUACUUGGUAUGCUGUCUGUCUGCUAGAGACUGAUCAACUACCAGCCACCCUACUUGGUAUGCUGUCUGUCUGCUAGAGACUGUCUGAUCACCUACCAGUCAUCCUACUUGGUAUGCUGUCUGUCUGCUAGAGACUGAUCAACUACCAGUCAUCCUACUUGGUAUGCUGUCUGUCUGCUAGACUGUCUGUCAACUACCAGUCAUCCUACUUGGUAUGCUGUCUGUCUGCUAGAGACUGAUCAACUACCAGUCAUCCUACUUGGUAUGCUGUCUGUCUGCUAGAGACUGAUCAACUACCAGUCAUCCUACUUGGUAUGCUGUCUGUCUGCUAGACUGUCUGUCAACUACCAGUCAUCCUACUUGGUAUGCUGUCUGUCUGCUAGAGACUGAUCAACUACCAGUCAUCCUACUUGGUAUGCUGUCUGUAUAACUCUCUGUAUAACAGCCUGUUGGAGGUCAGGUUAGUUAGUCCCCAGCUCUCUGUAUUACAGCCUGUUGGAGGUCAGGUUAGUUAGUCCCCAGCUCUCUGUAUAACAUCCUGUUGGAGGUCAGGUUAGUUAGUCCCCAGCUCUCUGUAUUACAUCCUGUUGGAGGUCAGGUUAGUUAGUCCCCAGCUCUCUGUAUUACAUCCUGUUGGAGGUCAGGUUAGUUAGUCCCCAGCUCUCUGUAUUACAUCCUGUUGGAGGUCAGCAUAGUUAGUCCCCAGCUCUCUGUAUUACAUCCUGUUGGAGGUCAGGUUAGUUAGUCCCCAGCUCUCUGUAUAACAUCCUGUUGGAGGUCAGGUUAGUUAGUCCCCAGCUCUCUGUAUUACAUCCUGUUGGAGGUCAGCAUAGUUAGUCCCCAGCUCUCUGUAUUACAUCCUGUUGGAGGUCAGGUUAGUUAGUCCCCAGCUCUCUGUAUAACAUCCUGUUGGAGGUCAGGUUAGUUAGUCCCCAGCUCUCUGUAUUACAUCCUGUUGGAGGUCAGGUUAGUUAGUCCCCAGCUCUCUGUAUUACAUCCUGUUGGAGGUCAGGUUAGUUAGUCCCCAGCUCUCUGUAUAACAUCCUGUUGGAGGUCAGGUUAGUUAGUCCCCAGCUCUCUGUAUUACAUCCUGUUGUUUACUGUAAUGUAGCUGUAAGCUAGGUGUUGAUAGUAACUGGCUGACUCAUUCAGGGCUAAUGUAACAUUAGCAGACUUGUAGGGUAACAUUAGCAGACUUGUAGGGCUAACGUUAGCAGUCUAGUAGGGCUAACGUUAGCGGACUAGUAGGGCUAACGUUAGCGGACUAGUAGGCCCAACCGAGCGGACUAGUAGGGCUAACGUUAGCGGACUAGUAGGGCUAACGUUAGUGGACUAGUAGAGCUAACGUUAGCAGUCUAGUAGGGCUAACGUUAGCAGUCUAGUAGGGCUAACAUUAGCGGACUAGUAGGGCUAACGUUAGUGGACUAGUAGGGCUAACGUUAGUGGACUAGUAGAGCUAACGUUAGUGGACUAGAAGGGCUAACGUUAGCAGUCUAGUAGGGCUAACGUUAGCGGACUAGUAGGGCUAACGUUAGCAGUCUAGUAGGGCUAACAUUAGCGGACUAGUAGGGCUAACGUUAGUGGACUAGUAGAGCUAACGUUAGCAGUCUAGUAGGGCUAACAUUAGCGGACUGGUAGGGCUAACGUUAGCGGACUGGUAGGGCUAACGUUAGUGGACUAGUAGAGCUAACGUUAGCAGUCUAGUAGGGCUAACAUUAGCAGACUUGUAGGGUAACAUUAGCAGACUUGUAGGGCUAACGUUAGCGGACUAGUAGAGCUAACGUUAGCAGUCUAGUAGGGCUAACAUUAGCGGACUAGUAGGGCUAACGUUAGCGGACUGGUAGGGCUAACGUUAGUGGACUAGUAGAGCUAACGUUAGCAGUCUAGUAGGGCUAACAUUAGCGGACUGGUAGGGCUAACAUUAGCGGACUACUAGGGCUAACGUUAGCGGACUGGUAGCGCUAACGUUAGCAUAUAGCUAUUUCACCUUUAUUUAACCAGGUAGGCUAGUUGAGAACAAGUUCUCAUUUACAACUGCAACCUGGCCAAGAUAAAGCUAAGCAGUGCGACACAAACAACAGAGUAAACAAACAUACAGCCAAUAACACAAUAGAAAAGUCAGUGUGUGCAAAUGAGGUAGGAUGAGGGAGGUAAGGUAAUAAAUAGGCCGUAGUGGCGAUAUAAUUACAAUUUAGCAAUUAAACACUGGAGUGAUAGAUGUGCAGAAGAUGCAUGUGCAAGUAGAGAUACUGGAGUGCAAAGGAGCAAAAAAAAAUAUAAUAUGGGGAUGAGGGAUUUGGAUGGGCUAUAUACAGGUGCAGUGAUCUGUGAGCUGCUCUGACAGCUGGUGCUUAAAGCUAGUGAGGGAGAUAUGAGUCUCCAGCUUCAGAGAUUUUUGCAGUUCGUUCAAGUCAUUGGCAGCAGAGAACUGGAAGGAAAGACGACCAAAGGAGGAAUUGGCUUUGGGGAGGACCAGUGAGAUAUACCUGCUGGAGCACGUGCUACGGGUGGGUGCUGCUAUGGUGACCAGUGAGCUGAGAUAAGGCGGGGCUUUACCUAGAAGAGACUUGUAGAUGACCUGUAGCCAGUGGGUUUGGCGACGAGUAUGAAGCGAGGGCCAACCAACGAGAGCAUACAUGUCGCAGGGAUGGGUAGUAUAUGGGGCGGUUGUGACAAAACGGAUGGCACUGUGAUAGACUGCAUCCAAUUUGCUGAGUAGAGUGUCAAGGAUCGGUAGGAUGGUCAGUUUUACGAGGGUAUGUUUGGCAGCAUGAGUGAAGGAUGCUUUGUUGCGAAAUAGGAAGCCGAUUCUAGAUUUAAUUUUGGAUUGGAGAUGCUUAAUGUGAGUCUGGAAGGAGAGUUUACAGUCUAACCAGACACCUAGGUAUUUGUAGUUGUCCACAUAUUCUAAGUCAGAGCCGUCCAGAGUAGUGAUGCUGGACGGCCGGGCAGGUGAAGGCAGCGAUCGGUUGAAGAGCAUGCAUUUAGUUUGACUUGUAUUUAAGAGCAGUUGGAGGCCAUGGAAGGAGAGUUGUAUGGCAUUGAAGCUCAUCUGGAGGGUUGUUAACACAGUGUCCAAAGAAGGGCCAGAAGUAUACAGAAUAGUGUCGUCUGCGUAGAGGUGGAUCAGAGAAUCACCCGCAGCAAGAGUGACAUCAUUGAUGUACACAGAGAAGAGAUUCGGCCCGAGAAUUGAACCCUGUGGUACCCCCAUAGAGACUGCCAGAGGUCAGGAUAACAGGCCCUCCGAUUUGACACACUGAACUCUAUCAGAGAAGUAGUUGGUGAACCAGGCGAGGCAGUCAUUUGAGAAACCAAGGCUGUCGAGUCUGCCGAUGAGGAUAUGGUGAUUGACAGAGUCAAAAGCCUUGGCCAGGUCGAUGAAGACGGCUGCACAGUACUGUCUCUUAUCGAUGGCGGUUAUGAUAUCGUUUAGGACCUUGAGUGUGGCUGAGGUGCACCCAUGACCAGCUCGGAAACCAGAUUGCAUAGCGGAGAAGGUACGGUGGGAUUUGAAAUGGUUGGUGAUCUGGUCGGGAUAGUUAGCUAGCAACUUUGCAAGUUGAUUUGUAACAAUAAAUUCAUAAUUUUUGCUUGUAAGUUGAAAAUUCAAUUCAAACCAGUAGUCAUGACGAUUUGGUUUAAUUGUAUACAUUUGAAGUUAUAUUAUGUUGGAGUUUACGUUAUAGGCAAUAGGCUGGCUUGAUGGGUCCUCUAUAUUACAUCACACACGGAAAAACAUUUUCUGACAUGACUUGGGCAUGGUUGAGAAUUCUGAUGCGUGUUCUGUAGUAACUCCUGUAAUAGAAAAGGGAGGGAUAGCUUUGCAUUGGGACUUUUGAUGAGUAAAUCCAUAUUACAUGUGGUUGUGUUUAUGCCUUUAAAUAGUUAGCAUAGUGGCAGGUGGCCUAGUGGUUAGAGGAGGCAGGUAGCCUAGUGGUUAGAGGAGGCAGGGUAGCCUAGUGGUUAGAGGAGGCAGGUAGCCUAGCGGUUAGAGGAGGCAGGUGGCCUAGUGGUUAGAGGAGGCAGGUGGCCUAGUGGUUAGAGGAGGCAAGUAGCCUAGUGGUUAGAGGAGGCAGGUGGCCUAGUGGUUAGAGGAGGCAGGGUAGCCUAGUGGUUAGAGGAGGCAGGGUAGCCUAGUGGUUAGAGGAGGCAGGUGGCCUAGUGGUUAGAGGAGGCAGGGUAGCCUAGUGGUUAGAGGAGGCAGGGUAGCCUAGUGGUUAGAGGAGGCAGGGUAGCCUAGUGGUUAGAGGAGGCAGGUAGCCUAGCGGUUAGAGGAGGCAGGUAGUCUAGUGGUUAGAGGAGGUAGGUAGUCUAGUGGUUAGAGGAGGCAGGUAGCCUAGUGGUUAGAGGAGGCAGGUAGCCUAGUGGUUAGAGGAGGCAGGUAGCCUAGUGGUUAGAGGAGGCAGGUAGUCUAGUGGUUAGAGGAGGCAGGUAGUCUAGUGGUUAGAGGAGGCAGGUAGUCUAGUGGUUAGAGGAGGCAGGUAGCCUAGUGGUUAGAGGAGGCAGGUAGCCUAGUGGUUAGAGGAGGCAGGUAGCCUAGUGGUUAGAGGAGGCAGGUAGCCUAGUGGUUAGAGGAGGCAGGUAGCCUAGUGGUUAGAGGAGGCAGGUAGCCUAGUGGUUAGAGGAGGCAGGUAGCCUAGUGGUUAGAGGAGGCAGGUAGCCUAGUGGUUAGAGGAGGCAGGUAGCCUAGUGGUUAGAGGAGGCAGGUAGCCUAGUGGUUAGAGGAGGCAGGUAGCCUAGUGGUUAGAGGAGGCAGGUAGCCUAGUGGUUAGAGGAGGCAGGUAGCCUAGUGGUUAGAGGAGGCAGGUAGCCUAGUGGUUAGAGGAGGCAGGUAGCCUAGUGGUUAGAGGAGGCAGGGUAGCCUAGUGGUUAGAGGAGGCAAGUAGGCUAGUGGUUAGAGCGUUGGGCUAGUAAGCGAAAGGUUGCUAGAUCGAAUCCCAGAGCUGACAAGGUAAAAAUCUGUCGUUCUGCCCCUGAACAAGGCAGUUAACCCACUGUUCCUAGACCGUCAUUGAAAAUAAGAAUUUGUUCAUAACUGACUUGCCUUGUUAAAUAAAGGUUUAAAAAAUAGCCUCCUCUGAGAGCCUGUAGCCUCCUCUGAGAGCCUGUAGCCUCCUCUCCUCUGAGAGCCUGUAGCCUCCUCUCCUGUGUGAGCCUGUAGCCUCCUCUCCUCUGAGAGCCUCCAGCCUCCUCUCCUCUGAGAGCCUCCAGCCUCCUCUGAGAGCCUGUAGCCUCCUAUCCUCUGAGAGCCUCCAGCCUCCUCUCUGAGAGCCUGUAGCCUCCUCUCCUCUGAGAGCCUCCAGCCUCCUCUCCUCUGGGAGCCUGUAGCCUCCAGCCUCCUCUCAUGUGAGAGCCUGUAGCCUCCAGCCUCCUCUCCUCUGGGAGCCUCCCGCCUCCUCUCCCCUGAUAGCAUCCUCCUCCUCUGUAGCCUCCUCUCCUCUGAGAGCCUGUAGCCUCUAGCCUCCUCUCCUCUGAGAGCCUCCUCUCCUCUGAGAGCCUGUAGCCUCCUCUCCUGUGAAGAUACAUUCCCUGUCAUUUUGCUCGCAUUGCUCGUCUCAUUGUUUUCUUCCGCAUUUAUGCCAAGGAUUAUGGGAUCUUGUCCUAACCUGGGCAUCUUCAACCUAGUAUCUAACAACCUCCAACCCAGCUGGCUUCAGAAGGAACUUCUAUGCUGCAUCACAUAGGUAGGGCCUGGGGAGGGAUUUGACCCGUGGAUGGGGCGGGAUUUGACCCGUGGAUGGUGAAGGCAGUGUAAACUUCCUCUCUUCUCCCAUCUUCACAGCAGCAGCUCUCCCUCUAUACCUCGCUGGGACAGACAAGCUGGGGGACAUUUACAUUUCAUUACAUUUAGUAAUACUCACACAAAGGGGAAAAGAUUGUUCUCUGUAAAUGAAUGUAGGCCUAUGGCAAGAGAGACUGUUGUCAAAGGCAACCUCUAUUAUGGGAUGAGUGUGUCUGUAACCUGUAUUAUGGGAUGAGCGUCUCUGUGACCCUGUACCCUGUCCUCUACCUGGGGUGGCACCUGUACCCUGUCCUCUACCUGGGGUGGCACCUGUACCCUGUACCAUGUCCUCUACCUGGGGUGGCACCUGUACCCUGUACCCUGUCCUCUACCUGGGGUGGCACCUGUACCCUGUACCAUGUCCUCUACCUGGGGUGGCACCUGUACCCUGUACCCUGUCCUCUACCUGGGGUGGCACCUGUACCCUGUACCCUGUCCUCUACCUGGGGUGGCACCUGUACCCUGUACCAUGUCCUCUACCUGGGGUGGCACCUGUACCCUGUACCCUGUCCUCUACCUGGGGUGGCACCUGUACCCUGUCCUCUACCUGGGGUGGCACCUGUACCCUGUACCAUGUCCUCUACCUGGGGUGGCACCUGUACCCUGUCCUCUACCUGGGGUGGCACCUGUACCCUGUACCAUGUCCUCUACCUGGGGUGGCACCUGUACCCUGUCCUCUACCUGGGGUGGCACCUGUACCCUGUACCCUGUCCUCUACCUGGGGUGGCACCUGUACCCUGUCCUCUACCUGGGGUGGCACCUGUACCCUGUACCAUGUCCUCUACCUGGGGUGGCACCUGUACCCUGUCCUCUACCUGGGGUGGCACCUGUACCCUGUACCAUGUCCUCUACCUGGGGUGGCACCUGUACCCUGUACCCUGUCCUCUACCUGGGGUGGCACCUGUACCCUGUACCCUGUCCUCUACCUGGGGUGGCACCUGUACCCUGUCCUCUACCUGGGGUGGCACCUGUACCCUGUACCAUGUCCUCUACCUGGGGUGGCACCUGUACCCUGUCCUCUACCUGGGGUGGCACCUGUACCCUAUACCAUGUUCUCUACCUGGGGUGGCACCUGUACCCUGUACCCUGUCCUCUACCUGGGGUGGCACCUGUACCCUGUACCAUGUCCUCUACCUGGGGUGGCACCUGUACCAUGUCCUCUACCUGGGGUGGCACCUGUACCAUGUCCUCUACCUGGGGUGGCACCUGUACCCUGUACCAUGUCCUCUACCUGGGGUGGCACCUGUACCCUGUACCCUGUCCUCUACCUGGGGUGGCACCUGUACCAUGUCCUCUACCUGGGGUGGCACCUGUACCCUGUACCAUGUCCUCUACCUGGGGUGGCACCUGUACCAUGUCCUCUCCCUGGGGUGGCACCUGUACCCUGUACCAUGUCCUCUACCUGGGGUGGCACCUGUACCCUGUACCCUGUCCUCUACCUGGGGUGGCACCUGUACCCUGGAACCUGUCCUCUCCCUGGGGUGGCACCUGUACCCUGUACCAUGUCCUCUACCUGGGGUGGCACCUGUACCCUGUCCUCUACCUGUCCGACAGGUGACCAAACCCCUGCUUGCCCCUCCUAUUUUGUCAGCUCAUGCCAUAACACAACCCCCUAGGAACUGGUCUCAGAUAACAGAAAUACACAACAACCCCCUAGGAACAACAACCCCCUAGGAACAACAACCCCCUAGGAACAACAACCCCCUAGGAACAACAACCCCCUACAACCCCCUAGGAACAACAACCCCCUAGGAACAACAACCCCCUAGGAACAUCAACCCCCUAGGAACAUCAACCCCCUAGGAACAACAACCCUCUAGGAACAACAACCCCCCUAGGAACAACAACCCCCUAGGAACAACAACCCCCUAGGAACAACAACCCCCUAGGAACAACAACCCCCUAGGAACAACACCCCCCUAGGAACAACAACCCCCUACAACCCCCUAGGAACAUCAACCCCCUAGGAACAUCAACCCCCUAGGAACAUCAACCCUCUAGGAAAAACAACCCCCCUAGGAACAUCAACCCCCCUAGGAACAUCAACCCCCUAGGAACAUCAACCCCCCUAGGAACAACAACCCCCUAGGAACAACAACCCCCCUAGGAACAACAACCCUCUACAACCCCCUAGGAACAACAACCCCCCUAGGAACAACAACCCCUCUAGGAACAACAACCCCCUAGGAACAACAACCCUCUACAACCCCCUAGGAACAACAACCCCCUAGGAACAUCAACCCCCUAGGAACAACAACCCUCUACAACCCCCUAGGAACAACAACCCCCUACAACCCCCUAGGAACAACAACCCCCUAGGAACAACAACCCCCUAGGAACAUCAACCCCCCUAGGAACAUCAACCCCCCUAGGAACAACAACCCCCUAGGAACAACAACCCCCUAGGAACAACAACCCCCUAGGAACAACAACCCCCUAGGAACAACAACCCUCUAGGAACAACAACCCUCUACAACCCUCUAGGAACAACAACCCCCUACAACCUCUAGGAACAACAACCCCCUAGGAACAACAACCCCCUAGGAACAUCAACCCCCUAGGAACAACAACCCUCUAGGAACAACAACCCCCUACAACCCCCUAGGAACAUCAACCCCCUAGGAACAACAACCCUCUAGGAACAACAACCCCCUAGGAACAACAACCCCCUAGGAACAACAACCCCCUAGGAACAACAACCCCCUAGGAACAACAACCCCCUAGGAACAACAACCCCCUAGGAACAACAACCCCCCUAGGAACAACAACCCCCCUAGGAACAACAACCCUCUAGGAACAACAACCCUCUACAACCCCCUAGGAACAACAACCCCCUAGGAACAACAACCCCCUAGGAACAACAACCCCCUAGGAACAACAACCCUCUAGGAACAACAACCCCCUAGGAACAACAACCCCCCUAGGAACAACAACCCUCUAGGAACAACAACCCUCUACAACCCCCUAGGAACAACAACCCCCUAGGAACAACAACCCCCCUAGGAACAACAACCCUCUACAACCCCCUAGGAACAACAACCCUCUAGGAACAACAACCCUCUAGGAACAACAACCCCCUAGGAACAUCAACCCCCUAGGAACAACAACCCCCUCUAGGAACAACAACCCCCUCUAGGAACAACAACCCCCUAGGAACAUCAACCCCCUAGGAACAUCAACCCCCUAGGAACAACAACCCCCUAGGAACAUCAACCCCCUAGGAACAUACACCCCCCCUAGGAACAACAACCCUCUAGGAACAUCAACCCUCUAGGAACAACAACCCCCUAGGAACAACAACCCUCUAGGAACAACAACCCCCUAGGAACAUCAACCCCCCUAGGAACAUCAACCCCCUAGGAACAUCAUUCCUCUAGGAACAACAACCCUCUAGGAACAUACACCCCCCCUAGGAACAACAACCCCCUAGGAACAUCAACCCCCUAGGAACAACAACCCCCUAGGAACAACAACCCUCUAGGAACAUACACCCCCCCUAGGAACAACAACCCCCUAGGAACAUCAACCCUCUAGGAACAACAACCCUGUAGGAACAUACACCCCCCCCUAGGAACAACAACCCCCUAGGAACAACAACCCCCUAGGAACAUUAACCCCCUAGGAACAUACAUACCCUGGUAUCCAACAAAGCCUCAAAUUCCUCAGACUUUUCUGUUUUAUCUAUCCCUUUCUUGUCUCUCUCUCUUUCUCUUUGUAAAUUGGCAUUGUAGAUACUUGAGGAAAUAGUUUGUUAAUAUGUAUAAUUUAGCAGCAAUGCUGUUUGUUUUUUAAAUAAUGACAAAGUAUUGUGAAUGAUUUAUUUGUUGAUUGGUUUUGAAAAUCAAUCUUCUGAGGCUUUUAAAGUACAGUAAUGUAAUAUUUUCUAUGUAAGGCGGCAAAUGAUGUUCGGCAGAACAAAAAGCUAUACUAGCAAAGUGAUUAAACUAUGUUGAAACUGAGGAUUACUAGCUAAGUGAUGAUCUUGUAAUUACAAAUGUAAAUAAAAUAAUGACAUAAAUGUUUUGUAAUUAAAUGGUAAAAUCCA